AUGAAAUCAAAUUUAAGGGAAUUAUAUCAUGUAGAAGAAAAUGAAAAUGCUAUUAUAGCUUAAGGGUCAUUUGGACUUUUAUAUGCAUGUAGGAGAAAAACUGGAAAUUAACAGGAACCUUUGUGUGUAAAGAUUAUCAAAAAAAGAUUCGAUGCUAAUAAGCUAUAGUAAUAAGAGAUUUAAAUAUUAAAUGAAAUAAAAGGGCUUAAAUCUGAGAAUAUUAUACACAUAGACUAUAUUAGCGAUACUGAAUCACAAAUUGAAGUAGUAAUGGAAAGAUGUGAUAUGGAUUUAGAAUAAGAAUUCUAACUUUUAAAAUCAAGAAAGAAGUGGUAUACUGAGUAAGAUUGUUUAGACAUUUUAACAUAAGUCAUAAAUGGAAUCCGUAUUUUAUAUAAUAAGAAUAUUGUUCAUAGAGAUAUCAAACCUUCAAAUAUUUUAGUGAAAAUUGUUAAUACAGGUCAGAAUGAGAAAAAGAGAGUGUACAAAGUAAAAUAUUCUAACAUCACAAUAGAUUGCAGAUUUUGGAUUUAGUAAAAUAUUAAACGAUUUUUGUGGAGUUGAUUUUUAAACUUAAUUGGGAACUCCUCUUUAUUCUUCUCCCUAAGUCCUUGACAAUUAUGCUUAUUAUUCAGGUAAAUGUGACAUAUAUUCCCUUGGGAUUUUAUUUUAUUAAUUAUUUUUUGAAGGAAAUAUGCCUGCUGAAUUCAAAACAAAAAAAGAUCUCUUCGACUUCUAUAAGACACUCCAAAAUAAUUAGUUUAAAAUUAACCUUACUAAAUAGAUUAAUGCAAAAUCUAUAGAAGAUUUACUCUAGAAAAUGAUCGUUUAUAUGGAAAAUGACAGAAUCUCAUUUGAACAAAUUUGUAAACACGAUAUUCUAAAAAUCUAAACAUCAUCUAGUUAUUCCAAAUCAAUAUUCAGUGAGAUUGAGAAAUUAGAAAGUAUCAAUAAAGUUUACAAAAUGCAAUUAUAAUUGUACCGAAAAUACCUGUUUUAUAAAUCGGUUUCUCAAAAAUUAGCUUAAUCUAAGUAAAUUGAGGUGUAAGCUGCUUAAUUUUGCUUAACACAAUUAGGAAUUAAAUAGCUACUUUUUUGCUUAGGUUUUAUUUAUAUUAUAAUAUCUGAUAUCCAUCCUUAUUUCAAAAAGGAUGAUAUGUAUCCCUUAUUGGAAGAAUUAAAGUUAUGCAAUAUAAAUAUAAGCAUACAUUCUCAAUACUAAUCACUAAUCAACUAAAUAAAACAAGUAUAUUUUAUUGAAAAGAAGCAUGCGUAACUUUAAAUGAACUCAUUGGAAUUUUUAUUGUACCUUAAUAAAGAGAAGAAUGAAACUAUGAAUGCUUUUAUCGAAAUUUUUCAAAUAAGUAAGAGCGCAAAGAUUGAAUAAAAGUAGUUAACUAACCUACUAAAAUUAUUUUUAGAUAAAAAAUUUUUAAAGUAAAAAUUGUUUUAAUUGAAGUGGAUUUGAAGCUGAUAUCAAAAUGUCGAUACAAUUAGAAGAGAUAUUUCCAAUUGAAAAUAGUUAAAAAAUAAACCCAGAUGACAUUUUUAGAGUCUGA